GUUCAGCGUCCGAUGUCGAACAUAAAACUAUACACACAAAAUCCUUCAAUAGUUACUUAGUUAACAAAAAGCAUAAUUAUAUUCCAAACAUUUCAAGGAAUGAACAGUCGAAGGUAGAAGUGUUUUAAAAGCGGGACAUCCAAAUGCAAAAACAAUCACAAUGAUCAGACGAAUAUGCAAAUCCAUAUAUUUAAUCAGAAUUCUUGUGCAGUGGCUCUUUAAACUUAUAUUUCGUGACGGCCGAUCGGAUAGUGUAUCUUGUCUUGUAGGAAAAACAGCAGUUGUAACUGGAGGCAAUUCAGGAAUAGGCUACGCCGUCUCAACUCUGCUAGCUUCCAGAGGUUGCAAAGUUAUUAUAGCAGACGUUCAAAAUUCCGAAGAAUCCACAAAACAAAUAAAAGAAGAUACGGGAAACUCAAACGUGACAUGGAAACACCUAGACCUCUCUUCCUUCAGUUCCAUAAGGGACUUCGCCAAGGAGGUUAACCACGAAGAAGGCAAAGUGGAUAUACUCAUCAACAAUGCAGGUAUUGGGAUCAGCAAAACGAAGGUUACCACGGACAACCUGAACAAAGUGAUGCAGAUCAAUUUUUUCGGUCCUUUUCUCUUGACUCACCUUUUAGUCGACUCUCUAAAAGCCACGAAGAAAGCUAGAGUGCUGUUUGCGAGCUCCAUCCAGGCUUUCCAGUCAAAUCUGACGUUGAAAAAUCUGACAGAAGAACUGAACCCUUUGGAAUUCAAUGUGGAAGACGUGGGCAAGAGCUUGGAACUUUACUGCAACUCCAAGUUGUGCAACAUUUUCUCGGCUCAGGAGUUUGCUGAUAAACUUGGAAAAUAUGGCAUACGAGUUAAUUCGGCAGAUCCUGGGGCAGUAUUCACUGAACUUUUUUUAUCUGGUCAUGAUUUCGAAGUGUGGUACAUGAAGAUAGUGAGAAUGCUUAGGAUCUUCAGGUUGAUGCUCUAUUUUAUCGGAGAGGAUAAUUUCGGAGGUGCCCAAACACUCUUCCAUCUAGCUUCAAGUAAAAAUAUCGAGAAUGUAACAGGACAGAAUUACUUCCGUUGUCGGCCUUUUGUAAAGCCUUCCAUACUCGACGAUCCAAGAUUCUGCUACGAACUUUGGAAAAAGACUGAAGCAAUCGUCAAACUAAGUCAAGAAGAAAAAUUAUGACGACAUUUGAAAAUACCGAGAAAAUUGUAACACAAAACUUUUUGUAACUAAGGAAAGUUUCGAUUAAAUGUAAAGUAACAUUGUCAA